GGCUGUGUCAAAACUGAAAAUGACAGCUGGACCUGUACGGACGUUUACUGCUGUUGUGUUACUGGUCAUCGUUGUCUGUUUUGAUGCGGGUUUCCUACAGACUGCAUUCCAGGUGUGUCGUGUGUGUGACGGCACCUUGCGGAACGGAACAGCGGUGGGGGAUUUCUGCGCAGCGAGGUCAGGGCAGAUCGACGGCCGCUGUUGCCUCGGAACGCAGGCGCAGGUCGCCGACUCCAUCAUAGGAUUAGACCUGUCAAAUUGUUCCCUAAAACAAGUUGAUGACCUACAUGAAGCAACAACAGCCCAAAUGAUAGAUCUUUCAGCCAACCCAAUUUUUAACCUGAAUGACACACUCUUUCAAGGCUUCACACAGCUGCAGUACCUGUUGUUGCCAGUAAAGCUGGAUUGCCCAGGGGGCAAUGCAUCCUGGGAAAAAGUGGAGACUAGAGGGAAUGUUUGCCUGUGUGAAGAACAGAGGAAUUCUUGCUAUCAAACGGGGAAUAUAUCCUGGGACUGUCCUGAGAACUCCCUCUGCACUCCAAAUGGACCGAGCUUUUUCCAGUGUAGCUGUAUAGAUAAUCACCAUGGAUACAAGUGUCUCAGGGAGGGCGAGUUUCCAAUGAUUGAAGCCCUGGGGAUCUUGGGAGCAGCCACGGUCCUGGUGUCCACCCUGCUUUGGGUUACGCAGCGACGGAAGGCCAAGUCCAUCUGAGUCCCCUGCUCAGGGAGUCAGAGCAUCAGGACAGCCUGCACCCAGCUCCAUCAUAACGCUCCCCCAGCUC